AUGAACCUGCUCUGCAUCAUUUUUCUGACUAUUAUGAAGCUCCAUCAGAGUCCUGUGGUGGCUUCACCCCUCCGCAUCACUGACAUACCUUCACAACCUCAUGUCGGACUAUCUGAGGCUGACCGGAAGUUUGCAGAGGAAUAUCUGCAACACUUCUAUGGUUACCAAGCCAAGUCAGACAGACAAAAAAGGGCUGUAGACUCCAAUGAAGAUUUGAAUUGGACAACUGGACUCUGUGAUAAGGUGAAGAAAAUGCAGCGUUUCUUUGGCUUGCCUCCAGAUGGGGAACUCAAUGAGGAGACUCUCACUGUGAUGAAGAAGCCACGCUGUGGACUCUCAGAUGUGGAGCCUUAUGAGGACACAUUUCGGUGGACACAUCGGACACUCAGUUACACGAUUACAAGAAAAAAUCUUCCAUUUCCAGCUAUGAAGAUUCAUAAAGUCAUCAAGAGCGCGCUGAUGCUGUGGUCCAGUGUUUCCCUGAUUAAAUUCCGCAAGCGCAAACAAAGAGAGGCUGACAUUGUUGUUGCGUUUGUCAACAGAGACCAUGGGGACAGGGCUGCUUUUGAUGGCAAAGGGGGUAUUCUAGCCCAUGCCUACUUACCUGGUUCAGGCAUUGGGGGAGAUGUGCACUUUGAUACUGCCGAGGACUGGAGUUUAAAUUUUACAGGUAUCAGCCUGCCUGUCGUGGCAGCUCAUGAAUUUGGCCAUGCUCUUGGUCUCUCCCAUUCAUCUGACCCCGGAGCUAUCAUGUACCCAGCUUACAACUUUGUACCCAGUUUUGAACUUCAGCUCUCCUUUGACGAUGUGAGAAGAAUCCAACAUCUUUAUGGUAUAAACUCCAACUAUCCUUCACUACUCCUAAAAAGGCCUCCACCUAGAACCCCUGACAAAUGUGAUCCUGAUCUGUCCUUUGAUGCUGUGACUGAAUUACAACAAGAGGUGGUGUUUUUCAAAGACAGAUUCAUGUGGCGCAAACAUCCCAAUUUUGUUGAAACACGCAUAACCCUCAUCAGCAGCCUGUGGUCAGAUUCUGUACCGUCUCACUUGGAUGCUGUGUAUGAGAAUGUGGAGAAGAACGUUGUUCUAUUUUUCAAAGGUGAUCAGUACUGGAAACUACAGCAGUUAAAUCUACAGGAAGGAUUUCCCAGAAAUAUCUCAGACCUGGGCUUCCCUUCCAGAAUAAAGUCAGUGGAUGCAGCUCUGCACUUCAGGAGCCAUCGCCAUACUGUGUUCUUUACUGGCCAUGAGUGUUGGAAGUACAAUGAGCAGCUGGGCAUGAUGGAGGGAUCACCAGCUCUGAUCGAGAAACAAUGGCCAGGAAUUCCUUUCCCUAUAGACGCAGCUGUCGUCUAUGAUGGAUUUGUGCAUUUCUUCCGAGGAAACAAGCAAUAUAAAUACGACUUUGUCCAGAACCACAUCGUCUCUGUCAGCAACUCUAAUGUCAUGAUGGACUGUGAGAUGGAAACAAGUAAUGAUGCUAAACUGUGAUGAUGAAAUGGCCUGAUGAUGACAGUACUGAGCAUCUAUAUUCACAUGAAACUGGAUCUCUCCAGCAGCAACCACAAUGUGCAUAAUUCAGGGAACUAAAGAAGGGAAGUGGUUUAAAAGGCUUACCUGAUUCUGCAAUAGUGUUGUAAGACGGGGGAUUUGUACUGUCUGUCAAAGCGGUUUACACAUUAUAUAUGUGUGGUUUGAGUUUUAUCUCAUUGUUAUCCUUUGUGUUUUAUUUAAUUUU